AUGGACUCAGACAAUCAUUCCACAGCCUUACCAGUCACACGCAAUGAACCGAAGGACGAUUCAGGAUACGCUUCGCAAGAACCUUCGCCUCCACCGAAUAGUUCGAGGUCCUUUUCCGAUCGUGCCAUUGCAAAAGGGAAAAGUAUAAUGCCUAACUACAUUCGAAAUCGUAAACUGCGAUGUUAUGAGGAUAAACAAAUUCCGGAGCUGACAUGGAAGCGUCUUGAAGACCUACGUAAGCAAUACGCAGAAAGUCUUAAUAACUUCACACGCGGUCUGCCCAAUUGCACCUCGAUCUUGAUGACUUUGAAGGUCUUGGGAGAAAAUGAAGAGAGCGCAGAACCUUGGGUAUAUAUUCAAUGUGAUAAGGCAGUUGUCGGAAAGAUUACCAGAUUUUUCCAAAGAAGUGUGAUUAGGUAUGAUUUCGAACCACCUCAGCCCGAUGAUCGUUUCCCCCGUUUGAGAGUAUUCAUUCACUCGCAAAAGCCGAGGCCACUCGUCGCGACCGGCAUACGCAGGGUCGCCAACGAGGAUCGAGAUUUUUAUUCCCCGGCAGAAUCAGAAGGAAAUGAAAUAUAUGUGUUAAAGUCGGAUGUCACACCAAGCGUUCGUCGUGGCACGCAAAUCAUGACAGAAUGUUCGCAUGGGGUGCGCCAGGCCGUCAUGGGGGGGCUUAUCAAGACGAUAGACUCGGGAAAGCUGGAAACAGUCUAUGGAAUGACUGUAGGUCAUUUCGUCUUUGAAGGGUCGUAUGACGACGGCGAAAAUUCUCCAGUGAGCGACUCUGACGAAGAAUAUGACGAGGAUGUAGAAUCUUUCGAACUUGAAUUGGGUUUUAUUGAAGCUAAAUCAGAGGAUGAGAACAAUCUACAUGUUGUGGAUAAAAGGGACUUUGAAGUUGAUGGGAAGGUGAACAUGGACAAAUGGUCAAGGUUAGGAAAGCUUUCCAUGGCCUCCCAUAAUCUCUCUGAAGAUGGAAGCAAUCUUGAUUGGGGAUUGAUAACUAUCCACAAACACUCCCAUGGCCUCCCAAAUCCCUCAUUGGACAUACAUCCAGCACCAACCAAUCCUGGAGGGGGACAGUCCUCGGUAAAAAUGAAUUCUGCCCGAGGGACACUGAAUGGGAUUUUACAUGGCUCAUGGUCGUAUAUAAUGCUCCCUCCAGGCAAGGUGUUGGUCCGAACGUAUCUUCUAUCACUUUCGGACGGUGAGAGCCUUCAGGUUGGUGAUAGCGGUGCUUGGAUCAUUGAUUCAUCAGAUUCGACGAAAGUUUUUGGACAUCUCGUUGCUUCGGACGUGUUCGGCCACGGAUAUGUCAUUCCAAUGUAUGACACGCUUGAAGAUAUCCAGAACGGACUUGCACGGUUGUCCUCAAAAUCCUUCUCAGUGACUCCUGCCUACAGGAUGAAGUCGACUCCCAUCCCCGGAGCAGCUAACACACGGUAUGCAUGGAGGGACAAAGAAGAAAUGGAUCUGGAGAAAGCCUUUUUGAGGCAUGAAAAGAGCUAUCAAGACAAGGAGGUUGAGCUUUUAGAGGCAGGGGAGGAUGUUGACAACAAUAAAGAUUUGCAAGAUAUCGGACGCGCUCGCGAUAUCGCCAAUAUAUAUCAUCUGAUAAGAAAAGCCGAGUUGCGUUACGAUAUGAAACUUGCAGCUCAGCUCAAGAUGGAACUUGAGAAGCUGCCAGGGUACAAAGACUAUAUUAUCUCGUCUGAAUCGGGUACUACCGGGCCGCAGGAGUUGUCAAUUACGCAUGACACCGAAGGUCCUACGGGCGAAAAGACCCCAGAAGGCGAAUUCGAUGAAGGAAAGGGGUCGACAUGA